AUCAUGGACACGCCGCGACCGGACCAAGUCAGAGCGCCCCACCCCGAGGCAGCCGCCGCCAGCGAGGAGGAAUGCAUGGAGCUCCUGGAGAUGAUACUCGGAGCGCUGGGCAGGGACGCGCUGGGCCUCGGAUCGAGCAUCGACCACCCGCGAGAGAGCGACGAAUGGAAGAAGAUGUCGCUCGAUGAGAAAUACCAAUUCUUCGCACCAAUCUGGAGAGUCAUGAGGGCCGAGAAUAUGACGGCCGAGGAGGUCAAGGAUCAGAUCAAUCACGUGGCGCUGGCCGUCAAACAGGGAUCUUCGGCAUCAGAUAUGAGGUCCCACAGCUUCAGUGGCAAGCUCCUGAACUCUCAGGUCGUGUACUUCCGCGCGGCGGAGCGGGGCGCUUGCGACUACGUUGACGAUGGAAGGCACAAUGGCAGGCCGCACGGCGUGUGUUGGGUGGACUUGUGCCAGGACCUGGAAGUGGUGGACGUUCCGGGGGACCAUUUCUCGCUGCUGCGGCAGGAGCCGAAGGACAUGUCGAUCAUUGUGAAUGCUCUGAAGAGAAAGCUGAUUCCUCUGGGAUGGAAGGAGCAGGUGCGGCGCCAGCGGAAGGAGUACAAGAUGACCCAAGAGGAGCUCCAGGACCUGGACCGGUACCUGGAGGACAUGGGCGUGAAGGACGACAACCUAAGGCACCGCCUCCAGGGCGCACUGCCCUGGGUGGACGAGGAGGACCUCGCGAAGGCAUCGACAGCAUCCAGCUCCACCCUCCCGGCCAUCAUUCGGCUCAACAAUCCAUCGGCCUCCGGGAGCGCCCUCCCGCCCCUGUUCGUGGUCCAUGACGCCGCUGGCGGGCUGGGCGGCAUGCGGGGCGCCUUCUCCCACAUGGAGCGGCCGUGCUACGGGCUGCUCCUCCAAGAGGCCACCCUCAAGGCCAGUUUACAGACGGUGCCCGACCUGGCAGCCCUGUACCUUGCGGCCAUUCGGUCCAGGCGAGCGCGGGGGCCUUACGUAAUCGGCGGUGUGGGCAUGGGGUGCGUGAUCGCGUACGAAGUGGCGGCGCAGCUGCAGGCGAGGCGUGAGGUCGUGGAGGUGGCGCUCAUGUUCGAGGACUCGCAGCUGCGGGAGGCCUGGGUCGUGUCCCGGCAGCCCUGGUUCAGGCUGUGCAAGCUGAUCGAGCGGGAGAGGCCGGACGUGGACGUCGCGGAGUACGUGUCGCAGGGCCUCAUGCUGGCGCACGAGGGCCCGGAGCGCCAGAUGGAGUACAUACUGUCGUUGGCGCCCGCGCACAUGGAGAGACGACAGUGGGAUGAACUGAUCCGGGAGGCCUCGCAGGACGGCGGCGCAUCUGGGUACGGCUGGGAGGAGACGCUGUCCGCCUGGGUGGCGCUGUACCCGCUGACGGCGUCGGGCGGGGCCAAGCAGCCCAAGCUCUCGGAGUUCAUCGUGACCAUGCACUCCCUGGAGAACUUGGACCGCCAGCUGGAGCACCUGUCGGCCGCGUUCAAGCCCCCCGGCGACGGGCAGGCAGCCUGGGACGAAGCGGUGAACGGGAUCAUAUCCCGCGUCUCCUUCUUCAAGCACCUGACCAGCCGGUACAAACCCGGGGCACUGUUCCGGGGCGAGCCCCUUUUCUUGCACACCGAUUCAUCAUGCACCGCGAGGGACAUCGCCGCGGGCUGGGCGGCCGCCAGCCUCAAGCCCAUCGGCAUGUUCCUGCAGCCCGCUGUCGCCUGCAGGCUGGAGGGCAGGGGGCCGGGUGCGGCCAAGGGCGUCGCGGGCCAGAUCGAGUUCGCCAUCGCCUCGGCGGUCAGGCGGCUGUCCACCGCACGGGAGGCCAGAAGCCGCUCGCUGGCCCUCGAACAGGGCAGGGCAUUCUCCCCGGGCGGCCCGCCCCGCCGGCAAGACGUUACCGUCCUCGCCACGGCGCUCAACGAGCACUGUGCAGAAUCACAGUACGCCCUCUCAAGUCCCAACGCGAUCCUGUCGCAAAGGGGCGGCAUCGGACGCACCGGCGGACCGCUGACCAGCCUCCCGGCCUGGGUGGUCCACGACGAGAAGGGAGACACCGGGGGGUUUGUGAAGCGCAUGGCCGAAGCGCUGCCCUUCCCGUGCUACGGCCUGUCCAUGGGCCCCGGCGCCCAGGCGUGCGCCUCCAUCGACGACCUGGCCUCAGGCUACGCCGACCUCAUCGUGGGCAUGCAGCCCCAGGGGCCGUACCUGAUCGCCGGCUGCAGCCUGGUGGGCUGCGUGCUGGCCUUCUGCGUCGGAUGCCGCCUGGAGCGGCGGGGCACCGGGGCGGGCCUCAUCCUGUUGGACGGCGCGUGCACGCUGCCGUCAAUCCCGCUGCACGAGCCCAUGUGGUACGGCCUGUUCUACAGCCUGCGGGAGAUGGGCACCCUGAAGGCGGGCAUUGGCGACUUCGUGGAGCGCAUGAGGGCGGCGUCCACGCCGGCGGAGCAGCUGCAGAAGCUCCGAACGUACAAGCCUGCGCAAGGGGUGGACGACGACAGGUGGAGGGCGCGUCACCCCAGUUACAACCAACUGUGA